AUGGAUAUGUCUGAACUGGAGAGACGGGCGAGGGGACUUGGACAAUAUGUUAUUCGACCUGCCAAUCUUACAUCGCGAACUCUCAAGCUCCUUGUGACCCUGUCUCCUGACCUGACACUAUUUAGGCCCAGACCAGUUCAGGGACCAUUACACCAUGCCUGUCUUCCCCGUGUCUUCUGGCUCUCCUCCGGAGAUUGGUUCAGCGAUGAGAGGCAGGUUGGACAAGUUUGCACCAAAGAAACACAAGCAGAGGAAAAUUUAGGAAUAAGAAAAAGCAAUCAUACCUCCCUAAAGUACUUUGGGAAAGAAGUUCUUUUCAAAAUUGAUAACUCAUUUUGUAAAAUUUUAAAAUUGUUGACUUUCUGCAAAUUCACCUACUGUGGUGUGGACCUCGACCAGCUGCUGGACUUAUCCUAUGAGCAGCUGAUGCAGCUGUACAGUGCCCGGCAGUGGCGACGGCCCAACCGGGGUCUGCGCAGAAAGCAGCAUUUGCUGCUGAAGUGCCUGCACAAGGCCAAGAAGGAGGCACCACCCAUGGAGAAGCCUGAAGUGGUGAAGACACAUCUUCGAGACAUGAUCAUCCUGCCUGAGAUGGUAGGAAGCAUGGUUGGUGUAUACAAUGGCAAGACAUUCAACCAGGUGGAAAUCAAGCCUGAGAUGAUCGGCCACUACCUGGGCGAGUUCUCCAUCACCUACAAGCCUGUGAAGCAUGAUCAGCCUGGCAUUGGGGCCACCCACUCGGCAUGCUUCACCCCCCUCAAGUAACCUGCAUAGCCAAUAAAGGUAUACGUCUUCAAAAAAAAAAAAAA